AGAGGAGCAAUUCCAGACCCCCCUGAAAACAACCUCAGACACCACAUCCCCAGACGAGCUGCCGGGAGGGUUAUCUCCCUCUCACGUACUGCCCCAAGGCUCCACCCUCUCUCCUUUGGAAAGAACAGCCAUGAGCACUGAAACCAUGAUCCAGGACGUGGAGCUGGCCGAGGAGGCACUCCCCAAGACCCGGGGGCCCCAGGGCUCCAAGCGACGCUUGUUCCUCAGCCUCUUCUCCUUCCUGCUUGUAGCAGGUGCCACCGCACUCUUCUGCCUGCUGCACUUCGGCGUGAUCGGCCCCCAGAAGGACGAGCUCCCCAAGGACUUCUCUCUAAUCAGCCCUCUGGCCCUGGCAGUCAGAUCAUCUUCUCGAAUCCCGAGUGACAAGCCUGUAGCCCAUGUUGUAGCAAACCCUCAAGCUGAGGGGCAGCUCCAGUGGCUGAACCGCCGGGCCAAUGCCCUCCUGGCCAAUGGCGUGGAGCUGAGAGAUAACCAGCUGGUGGUGCCAUCAGAGGGGCUGUACCUCGUCUACUCCCAGGUCCUCUUCAAGGGCCAAGGCUGCCCCUCCAACUUUAUGCUCCUCACCCACAGCAUCAGCCGCAUCGCUGUCUCCUACCAGGCCAAGGUCAACCUCCUCUCUGCCAUCAAGAGCCCCUGCCAGAGGGAGACCCCACAGGGCGCUAAGACCAAUCCCUGGUAUGAGCCCAUCUACCUGGGAGGGGUCUUCCAGCUGGAGAAGGGUGAUCGACUCAGCGCUGAGAUCAAUCUGCCUGACUAUCUCGACUUGGCUGAGUCUGGGCAGGUCUACUUUGGGAUCAUUGGCCUGUGA